GUUCAGAAAUUAAGUCAAGGCGCCAAAAACGCAACAUGGAUUUUGGAGUAAGGAGGGCGAAAACUUCCAAAUCGUUAAAGACUGGAGGAAAACAUCGCCUUCAGUUUUAUAAAUUACCACCAACAGAGACAAUUUCACUCCAGGAAUUCGAGGAAUUUGCGAUAGAGAGGUUAAAAGUUCUCAAAGCAAUUGAAAAUGCUGGUAUUAGAUACAUGCGCGGGUCAGAUGAAUACAACGCAUUGGUGGAGAAGGAGAUUAAGAAAACCAAGUUACACAGAAUUACAAGGACAGAUUUCUCUGUUGAUGAUAAUGAAUACAGAAUGGACCACAUUUCACACUUCAUACUGAGACUUGCUUAUUGCAGAUCGGAAGACUUAAAGCGUUGGUUUCUGCAACAGGAAUUGGAUUUGUUUCGAUACAGAUUCACAAAAGAAACUGCAGAGGGUAAACAGAAAUUUCUUCAAGACAACAGUUUAGAUUAUAACCCAAUCUCAGAAGAGGAGAAAAACAAAGUGUUACAAGAUCUGAUAGCCUCCGCAGGAAAGAAUUCUAGCACAGCUGACACAGUGGAAUAUUUCAAGGUUCCCUUUACUGAAGUGUUGGAUCUCGUUCGUGGUCGGAAGGUCUUUCUUCAUAAAGGAUUUGCCUAUGUUCCCAAAGAUGAUAUGAUUUCCAUCUUAAUCACUCAUUACAGAGCACAUCUUUCCCAACAACUAGCAUUGACGUCGCGAGCUUUACCCCAGUUAGAGGAAGAUAACCGCCUCCUGCCCAUGUUGUCAGGGCUCAGUAAGAGAUAUCUAGGUCAGGACUACAGCUCCAAAAAGUCAAACAUGGGAAAAAUCACUGCCGAAAUGAUCGAUACAUUGUCGAAGCAGUCAUUUCCUCCCUGCAUGCAGAAUCUCCACCAGGCCAUGAAGAGGGACCACCACCUUAAACACGGGGGGAGAAUGCAGUACGGACUUUUCCUAAAGGGGAUUGGGCUCUCCUUGGAGGAAGCACUCCGAUUUUGGAAAAUGGAAUUCACCAAAAUCAUGGAUGGGGAAAAGUUUGACAAGCAGUAUUCCUACAAUAUCAGACAUAACUAUGGUAAGGAGGGAAAGCGAGCUGACUACACCCCCUACAGCUGUAAUAAGAUCAUCAUGUCAAACGCUCCCGGUCCCGGGGAUAACCACGGAUGUCCAUUCAGACAUACAGAUGCUGAUCUGCUGGCUCAGAAACUGCGACUGCAGGGAAUCAACAAGGAUUUCACUGAGAAGAUAAUGAAGUUUACGCGUGAGGGACACUACCAGAUUGCUUGUAAGUGGUAUUUUGAUGCCACCCACUCGGGGACCGAUGACCCGGACACAGCCAUUAAUCACCCUAACCAGUACUUUGAUGAAAGUCAGGCAUUCCACUCAGGCAAAAAGGAAGGUAAGGUAAUGAACACACCAUCAAGAGCAGGAAGUCAAAGGUCAAGUCAGGGGACACCAAUGUCACAGCCAUCCCAGAGUUCUCAGCCAGUAUCCCAGAAUGCAACAGAAUAUGAUGAAAUGAUGGAUGAUGAUAAUUAUAUGGCGUCGAUGGAGACUGUAUAACAAAUGAGAAACUUUUAUCUCGGAAACAUUCUCCAAAGACAAUCUGUGUUUGUCUUUCUUUCCAUGUGAUGUCUUUAAAUGAUGAGGUGUGAAACAUUGCAAAAAUAUUUAUUCUGGAACAAA